AUGAGGGUGAACAAGAAGUACUCCUGUCUGCCUGCUGAGGAGAAGGGCAUCCACAUCAUCAACAUCCGAGCCAUCGAGGACAUCGGCUACGACCAGCACGAGAGCACGUUAUUAAAUUCCCUAUCCAAAAACCCGGAUGCUGACUGCAAAUACGGGCUGUACUUCAGAGAUGGCAAGAGGAAGGUGGACUACAUCCUGGUUUACCACUACAAGAAGUCCUCAGCCGGGAGGACUCUGGCCAGGAGACCUCAGCAGAACGAUGCCAGUGUCCGAAGCACCAGGCAGGACCAGCCCCUCCCUGGGAAGGGGGUGCAGCUGGAGAUGGGGGACACUGAGCCUCACAUGGAUUACCACGAGGACGACAAGAGGUUCCGCAGGGAGGAGUACGAGGGGAACCUCGUGGAGGCCGGGCUGGAGCUGGAACGUGAUGAAGAUACCAAAAUCCAUGGGAUUGGAUUUGUAAAAAUACAUGCACCAUGGAAUGUAUUGUGUCGAGAGGCAGAAUUCCUUAAGCUCAAGAUGCCCACGAAAAAGAUGUAUCAGAUCAACCAGACCCACGGCCUCCUGAAAAAGAUUAAUUCUGUGAUUCAAAAAAUAACGGAGCCCAUCCAGCCCAAAGUAGCAGAGCACAAACCUCAGACGGUGAAGCGCCUCUCCUACCCCUUCUCCAGAGAGAAGCAGCACUUAUUUGAUUUGUCUGACAAAGAUUCCUUCUUCGACAGUAAAACAAGAAGCACUAUAGUUUAUGAAAUAUUGAAAAGAACGACGUGUACCAAAGCAAAAUAUAGCAUGGGGAAAGGAGAGGGAAGAAAGAAGGAAACUGCCCUUUUAAAUAAAAGACGAAAAUGUGGUAAAUAUGGGAUCACCAGCCUGCUUGCCAAUGGAGUUUACAGUGCUGCAUAUCCUCUGCAUGACGGUGACUAUGAAGGUGAAAAUGUGGAGCCCAAUGACAGAAAACUCCUGUGUGAGGAGUGGGCGAGCUAUGGAGUGUUUUAUAAGUACCAGCCCAUCGACCUGGUGAGAAAAUACUUUGGAGAGAAGAUCGGGCUAUAUUUUGCCUGGCUGGGAGUUUAUACUCAAAUGCUCAUUCCAGCUUCAAUUGUAGGGAUUAUCGUUUUCCUCUAUGGCUGUGCUACUGUGGAUGAGAAUAUACCCAGUAUGGAGAUGUGUGACCAGAGAAACAACAUCACCAUGUGUCCCCUGUGUGACAAAACAUGCAGUUACUGGAAGAUGAGCUCUGCUUGUGCCACUGCCCGUGCAAGUCAUCUGUUUGAUAACCCUGCAACUGUCUUCUUCUCAGUCUUCAUGGCUCUCUGGGCUGCCACCUUUAUGGAGCACUGGAAGAGAAAACAGAUGCGCCUCAACUACAGGUGGGACCUGACUGGGUUUGAAGAGGAGGAGGAGGCAGUCAAGGACCAUCCAAGAGCAGAAUAUGAAGCAAAAGUUUUAGAAAAAUCAUUGAGAAAAGAACACAAACAUAAAGAGAAGCACCGAUAUUUUCCAGAAGAGACAGCAAACAAAUGGAGACAAAGAGUUAAGAAAGUCAUGGCUGGGGUGAAAUUGACGGAUAAAGAGAAGCUGACAUGGAAGGACCGUUUUCCAGCCUAUUUAACCAAUUUUGUUGGCAUCAUCUUCAUGGUUGGGCUGACGUUCGCCAUCGUGUUCGGGGUGAUCAUCUACAGGAUCUCCACGGCCGCCGCCCUGGCCAUCAGCUCCACCCCCUCGGGGCGCUCCAGCGUCCGCGUCACCGUCACCGCCACCGCCGUCAUCAUCAACCUGGUGGUCAUCAUCAUCCUGGACGAGGUGUACGGCUGCAUCGCCAGGUGGCUCACGCAGAUCGAGGUACCAAAGACCGACAAGAACUUCGAGGAGCGGCUGAUUUUCAAGGCUUUCCUGCUGAAGUUUGUCAACGCCUACACCCCCAUUUUCUACGUGGCUUUCUUCAAAGGCCGAUUUGUUGGACGUCCAGGGGACUACGUCUACAUUUUCCAUUCCUUCCGAAUGGAAGAGUGUGCCCCAGGAGGUUGCCUAAUGGAGUUGUGUAUCCAACUCAGUAUUAUCAUGUUGGGCAAGCAGCUGAUCCAGAACAAUUUGUUUGAGAUUGGCAUCCCAAAAAUGAAGAAGUUUAUACGAUACCUGAAAUUGAAGCGUCGGCGUUCUCUAGACCAUGAAGAGCACAUGAAGAAAAAGCAGCGCUAUGAAGUGGACUAUAACCUCGAGCCUUUUGCUGGACUCACCCCUGAGUACAUGGAAAUGAUUAUCCAGUUUGGGUUUGUAACUUUGUUUGUUGCCUCCUUCCCACUGGCACCUUUGUUUGCUUUAUUGAACAACAUCAUUGAAAUCCGUCUGGAUGCCAAAAAAUUUGUUACUGAGCUGAGGAGACCGGUAGCAGUGAGAGCAAAGGAUAUAGGAAUCUGGUAUAAUAUCCUCAGAGGUAUUGGAAAGCUUGCUGUCAUCAUAAAUGCAUUUGUGAUCUCAUUCACAUCCGACUUCAUUCCACGCCUCGUGUACCUGUACAUGUACAGUGAGAAUGGCACCAUGCAUGGCUUCGUCAACCAUACACUAUCCUCUUUUAAUGUCAGCGAUUUCCAAGCAGGAACAGCUCCCAACGACCCCCUGGAUCUUGGCUACGAGGUUCAGAUAUGCAGGUACAAAGAUUAUAGAGAACCCCCCUGGUCUGAAAACAAAUAUGACAUUUCAAAGGAUUUCUGGGCUGUCCUAGCAGCAAGAUUGGCAUUUGUGAUAGUUUUCCAGAACUUGGUCAUGUUCAUGAGUGAAUUUGUUGACUGGAUUAUCCCAGACAUUCCCAAGGACAUUAGUCAGCAGAUUCACAAGGAGAAGGUUCUCAUGGUGGAGGUCUUCAUGAGGGAAGAGCAAGGCAAGCUGCAGAUGCUGGAAACCUGGAAAGACAAGGACAAGAGAAAAGGGGAAAACUGCAACAACCACAGCCCCAGGCUCUCGAGGAGCCGCAGUGGGAGCUUGUCCUCCUGCCAUUCCUAUCCUCUGGACGUUUAG